CGUCCUAGGGGCCGAGGGGCACUGCCGGAGCGCCGCGCCGCGCCGCGCCCGCCGGGAUGGGCAGCAGCUCGCUGUCCGAGGACUACCGCCUGUGCCUGGAGCGCGAGCUGCGGCGGGGCCGCGCGGGCGUGUGCGGGGACCCCUCGUUGCGCGCGGUGCUCUGGCAGAUCCUGGUGGAGGACUUCGACCUGCACGGGGCGCUGCAGGACGACGCCCCGGCGCUGCUCUCCGACGGCCUGUGGGGCCGGGCCGACCUGGCGCCCGCGCUGCGCGACCUGGCCCGCGCCUUCGAGCUCCUGGAGCUGGCCGCCGUGCACCUCUACCUGCUGCCCUGGCGGAAGGAGUUCACCACCAUCAAGACCUUCUCUGGAGGCUAUGUGCAUGUGCUGAAAGGCGUGCUCUCCGAGGAGCUCCUCAUUAGAAGCUUCCAGAAGAUGGGCUACGUGCGCCGGGACCACCACCGCCUGACGGUGGCUGCUCUGCCUCCUGCCUGCCAGUUGGUGCAGGUGGCCCUGGGCUGCUUUGCGCUUCGGCUGGAGUGUGAGAUCCUGGGUGAGGUGCUGGCACAGCUGGGCACCAGCGUACUGCCAGCAGAAGAACUGCUACAGGCACGGCGGGCCAGUGGGGAUGUGGCCUCCUGUGUGGCCUGGCUGCAGCAGCGUUUGGCCCAAGAUGAGGAGCCACCACCCCUGCCCCCCCGGGGCGCCUCUGCAUUUGGGGUCCCGUUAGACCUGUACAGGGACCUGCAGGGUGACGAGGGCUUGGAGGAAGCCAGCCUGUAUGAAGAGCCCUCCCCAGGGCCAGACUCGCCUCCUGUGGAACUGAGCUAUAGGCCACCGCUCUGGGAGCAGAGUGCCAAACUAUGGGGGUCCGGGGGCCGGUCCUGGGAGCCCCCAGCUGAGGACCUGCCUCAGGCUAGCAGCUCACCCUAUGGGGCCCUAGAGGAGGAGCUGGAUCCUGAGCCCUCUGCCUUCUCCUUUCUAUCCCUGCGCCGAGAGCUGAGUCGGCCUGAGGACCUGGCUGUUGCGGAGGUCCCUGGGAGCCCUGGGCAGGCCAGCCCCCGGCACAGCCAAGUAGGGGAAGCACCAGCUUCCGCCUACGGGCCUGUCCCUGAGCCCCUGGCCUACCAAGCACACAGCUGUCUGGCUCCUGGAGCCCUGCCCACCCUCUGCUGUGACACCUGUCACCAGCUACAUGCUGCCCACUGCGCGGCCCUGCCAGCAUGCCGACCAGGUCACUCGCUGCGUGUCCUGCUGGGCGACACGCAGAGGCGCCUGUGGCUGCAGCGGGCACAGAUGGACACCCUGCUGUAUGACAGCCCCGGGCCGCACCCCUAAGCCCACCUGCGCCCCAGGUCCCAUGGGUGCAGGAGAGUUUCCAUGGUGCUUCUCUUGGGGAGUGGCUUGGGCCACUGGCUGCUCUGGCCUUCUGUCCCCAGGGGAGUCCAGGCUCUACCCACUGGGAGGGGCAGAGCCUUCAACAAGUCACUCCGGUCUGAGGUCUCAGCCUUAGCUAGCAGCAGGUCCUAAGCCAGACUAACAAGGACCUUCCCAGAAGUCUUUGUCCUCAUGCCCAGAGGUGCUCAGUAGCGGGCCAAACCUGUUCCAAAGAGGACCCCCCCCCCCCAUUCCCUUUAGAAGUCUGCCAACAGCCUGUGGCUCAGGACAUAGCCCCCACAUGCCUGGGAUCCUCCAGGCCUGCAGGUGGCUCUCCUCCUGGCGUCAGUCUGGAGGUGUCGGUAGCUGUAGAGGUCUGGCAGCAGAAAGUGCUGGCUGAGGAAAGACUGAUUCUCAGUACCCAGCUGCCUCACGAAGGAAGCUCAGAGUCCUGCAGCCAUCUCACUGGUUGACUGUCCGUGGUGGGGCCAUGCAGCUGCUGCCGGGCAGCACAACACACACGGGGGGAACCGUGGUCCCCUAGCCUGGAGGGGACAACUACUGUUCUGCAUGACUCUCAGCUUGCGCUGUGUCCCAGCCCCAAUCCCUCUCCCCGGCCCACUCACUGCCAUGUUGCAUAGCACAUUAAAAGACAAUUUGAGACCUUGUCA